AAAAAGAAUUUGGGUGCAUAAGUAAUUUGUUUUCCCAAGCUAAUCAUAUUUAAAAAAAAUGGAAAAAAGCAAAAGCGAAAGCGAUAGUGGAUCGAAAAAAAAAUUACAAAUUCCAUCACCAGGUUAUAUUCGUAGUACACCAUAUCUACGAUUAAGAGAAUCAAUAUCGAAUCGAUUUAAAUCACCACCAGCAUCGCCAACAAAACCAAGACAAUAUUCACCACCACCAAUAUCGUUUCAAUCAUUAUUUAAAUGGAAACGUCCAUCAGAUAAAUAUACAAAUCUUGAUGAUAUUUGUUGUAUUGCAUUGAUUUGUCCUGAACAUCAACGUAUUGGUUUACUUGAUAUACCACAAAAAGGAUUAUUUUUUCCAUCAUUAUCAUGUCGAAUGUCAAAUUAUUCAAUAAAUUCAAUUGUACGUGAAAUGCUUAAUCGUGUAUUUGGUGAUGUUCAUGCUAAAUUUCGUAAUUUUCAAUUGAUAACUGAAAGAAUACAGAUACCAUUAAGAAAUUUUCUAUUUCGUUUUAUUUAUCGUAUUGAUGUUAGUCUUUCAACGGCUACUUCGACUGCUGGUGGUAAAAAUUCAACAACAAAAGGAAAAACCAAAGUUUCGUGUGAUCAAAAAAAGAAAAUGUCAUCAAUAUCACCAUCAACAAAAACAAAAAAAACUAAUUCGUCAAUUGGUGCUGAAAAGUCAGUGAAUAAAAAAAAUGGACAAAAAAAUGAACAACGAAAAUGUAUUUGUCAAAUGGUACAACGAACAUUAAUACAUUGGUUAUCAUAUGAUGAUAUUUGUAAUAAAUUAACAUCAACAAUAACAUUAUUAGAUUCAAUGAAUACACCAUCAUCAAAUAAUGUUACAACAACAACUGCCAAUAAUAAUAAUCUAUUAGGUCCAGAACCUAAAUAUAUACUUGAACAGCAAUUUGGUUUAUUAAAAAAACGACGAAAAUCUUUAUCAACAUCAUCAUCAUCAUCAAAUAUUGAUAAUGAUAAUGAUAAUGAUGAUGAUGAUCCAUCCAAAUAUUAUUCAUUAGGUUGGAAUGAGAAAUAUAUGUGA